AUGAAUUUGUCGCAUGCGAAUCCCCUCAAGGAUGGGAAUAUGCGCAAGGCAAUUGACAAACGCCCCCGGUUCAUUUCAAAGGAUUCUUGGCGAAAAUCGCAAGGUGAAGUCAUUCCGUCAUUUGAAUCCGUGAGACAUCUUUUCAACACCGGAAAAGAUGAUACCAAUUGGACUCCCUCGUCCCGGGCGCCCAAUGAGGGCACCGAGGGAACAUUGACUGGGUCUUCGAAUGAUAAUCCGGUGGUUGUUUUCGAGGAAGAUGAACCGUGUAUCACUGUCGAUGAACCCCGACGGGCCGUAGGCAGCUUCGUUACUAGCACAACGGGUUCUUCGACGAUGACAAUUCCCAUAAAUGAGGAUGGAGAAGCGAGCAACGAAAACCAAGACGCACGGAGAGUCUCGAUUUCUACAAGACUCCUGCGAGGACCUGUUGGGUCUCCACGCCGCGGUCAUGCGAUCGAGCUUGCCGAUGUGGAACACAAUGGACAGACGAUCAAGAAAAGUUCAACUGUGAAGCUCGAGAACGGAAUGUGGCUACGUGUCGAGAAAAUUAAACGCCGACAAGGUCAGGUUUUCCUUUGGGGCCGACAAUUAGUCGGCUGCAAAGAUAGCCAAUGGCCCAAUUUCAUCCCGAAGAACAGGCAUGAACUGGUCUGGUUGCCCUGCAUGGACCACGAAACGGACCUGGAGAGUAUCGAGACACAUCUGCCUGUUUCACUAUGGGAAGUGAGGGGGCUUUGCCAGGUGAUUUUUACGAAUGAGCGUCGACCCCCAAACUCACGAUACUUGUCCACUGCCGGUCUCUUUUGUCGGCUGAAGGUUACAGCAAGAAAGCGACCUACUAUCUCCAAUCACGGCAGCCGCGGUCUGGCAGUUUGCAACUACCAAUUCGACACGAGUGUCGAGUACUUGGCCAAAGAUGAGUGUGACGAGGGAUAUGGUCUCGAGACUUGGGUACUGCGUGAUUUGUAUCGUGGCUGUGAGACAAUCCCAUUUGGGGAGGGUCCGAAGCGCUAUACUCACCAUGACGCGCAGAACGAAGGCGAUCAGCCCGUCCUUGAUCUUACGGUCGAGCCCACAGGAUACGUCUUCGGAGAUGCUUAUUGCGGUGCUGGCGGAGCCUCCUGUGGUGCCCAGCAAGCAGGCGUGCACAUUAAGUGGGCCAUUGACAUGAAUGAGAGCGCGGUCGAAACGUACCGGAUGAACUUUCAGGAUGCCAUUGUCCACCAGAGCUCGUUCGAAUGGUUCCUUCUGAACCCCGAGGAUGAACUGCGGUGUGAUCUUGCUCAUUGUUCGCCGCCGUGUCAACCUUUUUCGCCCGCUCACACGGUCAACUGCGAGCGCGACGAGCCCAAUUCUGCCUGUAUCUUUAGUGCUCGGAACAUCAUCGAAAAGUCCCACCCGCGCGUCAUUACCAUGGAAGAGACAGCCGGUUUGAUGGAGCGACACAAGGAAACAUUAUGUCGGAUCAUCAUGGAUAUGGUCGAGAUGGGUUACUCGACUCGCUGGGCGAUCAUUGAUGUCCUGCAUUACGGCGUACCGCAGACACGGAAAAGACUGAUUCUCCUCGCAGCAGGCCCGGGUGAGACUCUUCCCCCCUUCCCCGCCAUUACUCAUGAUCUUCCGGGCAGCGGUUGCAAGGCAGUCUUGACCAUCCAAGAUGCCAUCAGCAAUAUCCCCGAUGAUACCCCCAAUCACGACGUCCAAGGGUUGCUGAGAAAGUGGGCUCUGGAACAUUAUGAACCCUAUGAUGCUCGGAUCCCUGCCAAGACCCUGACUUGCAGUGGAGGCGAAGCCAACUACCAUCCCUCCGGGAAGCGCAAGUUUACCGAGCGGGAGGUUGCGUGUUUGCAAACCUUCCCACUCGAUUUCAAAUUCUCUCAAAUUGGUGUGCGCAAGCAGAUUGGCAAUGCCGUUCCACCGGCUUUAGCUCGGGUUCUGUACCAGGAGAUCAUUGCCUCACUUCGGGCAACGGACAUGCGGGAGCAGGAGCUUCGAAGAGACGAAGCUGCCGAAUGA